AUGAUCGAUCGCUUGAAUCCCAUCCUCUCGAUCAAUUAUAAUGGGUAUAGCACCAUUGAGAGUCCACAAAAUAUUGUUGAUUCACCCUAUCCGUACGCCCAUAAUUUCAAUUGGAAACAAUCACUCUCACAAACAACAUCAAGGCUCUCUCAUUAUGCAUCAUUUGCAAUUCUUUCUGGAUCCAUGAGUCGUGGAAAUACAUCAAAACGAGUCUGUGUCUAUGAUACUUCUGUACUUCGGGUGCAAAAUAUUGUAGCUGGAGAGGAUUUCAUAGUGUGCUUGUCCCAUGAAGGACAUUGUUUUAUUACCCUCUCAGAGGAUGAUCCGAGAUUUGAAAAUUGGAGAUCAGGAAUGGGAUUAGAGAGUGAUAAUCCCGAUCAAUUUCAAUUGAUUCAGAAAACAUUAGAAGAUCCGAUUGAACAAGUUUUUGGUCAUACCUAUUGUGUUCUUCUCACGAGAAAAGGCGAUGUUUAUGUUUACACGGAAAAAGAUGGAUGGAAUGGCAAGAUAGAUCGGAAUGAAUAUUUUGAUGGCGAGAAGAUUAUUCAUGUUGGUCUCGGAAAUGAACAUGCAUUGUUUGUUUCGGAGAGUGGAAAAGUUUUUGGAUAUGGGUCGAAUUCAAGUACACAAUUAGCUUGUCUUGAUCGGUGGUAUUCUGAACUAAAAUUUGUAAGAAUUGAUGUUUCUCACAUUUCCGAUAAAAUAUGUAAGGCUUAUGCAACCUACAACACAUCCUUCUUGCUAACAGAGACAGGAGCUUUGUAUGCAUGUGGAGAUAGUACUUAUGCAGCCAAUGGAUUAACUUCUCUCGGUUCACCCUAUCAAUGUCAUAAAUUCACCCAAGUUCCAAUUUCAGAGAAAGUGGAAGAUGUUUCUCCUGGUCUUUUCUUUGUGGCAGUGAAAACUGUCGAUAACAAAUACUACGUUUUUGGAUACAAUAAUUUUAGUCAGUUCGGAAAAACUUCAACAUUAUAUGAAAAGAUUGAUGGCCCUCAUUUGCUGGACUCUUUUUCACCAUUCUCUAAUAUUGACAGGAUAGAAUGUGGUGGCUACAAUUCAAUCAUAGUCACUAAGGAUAAGAAGGUCUUUAUUGCGGGAUGGGCAAUUGAUUCACCUUUUUAUCCAAGAGUUUCGGACAAGUACAAUUUACUUGAUCUGGAUAGUCUGCUCAGAGAAUGUACACGAGGUCACAUCUCUCUCAAUAACAACACUUCACUUCGUGCAACCAUGGGAAGAUAUUUCAGUGUCAUUUUCACAAUUCCAAAUUCCAAAUUUACACGAAAUUUCAAGAGAUCCCACAUCUUGUGUGACAUUUCCAUCAUUACACAUUCAUUCUCAUCCCCAGAAAAUGACAACCAAUUCAUUCCAUCAUUUAUGAUUGAUCCAACGAGUUUCUUUGAAUAA